AUAGUGGAAGUGGCGUGGCUUGUCGAAUAUGGUUAGGGGGAAAAAAAAAUACAGCUAGUAACCACACUUUACCGGGGAGGGGAUAUAGAUAUUUGUUUGCAAAAAUAGUCGAUGGCUUCCUGUGAAUAAGUGGUAUAAUUUACGGCAAUUAUUAUCAUUUCGAGGCUUUUAUAGUAGAAAACUGGGAUGAUACCGUGUUGGGAAAGGACUUGUUUGGGUGUUUUGCUAGGUCAAGAAAGCUGAGCAGUGUAGUAAUAUUAUCCGGAUACUUGUCUGGAAUACUUUGACGUAUCUUGAUCAAGAAGAAUCCAUGAUGAAUUGAUUUGGUUGGUUUAAGUUACCGGUUAAAGCACUGGAACAGUUUUCGUUCCUCCAGACAAACAGGGGUUCCUUUGGGUCACAGCCCUUACCUCGGAGAUCAUCCCCAUCUUUUUGUUCCUUUACUAGUUUAGCGGCAGAAUGAGUGGGGCUGGAGAUAAGGACGUAAACGGGGUUCUGGUUUGUCAGGAGAGUUAUGCAUGUGGCGGAUCAGAUGAAGCCGCUUACGAGUGCGAUGAAUGCAGUAGCUUACAGUGCACACGGUGCGAACUAGAGCUCCAUCGCCAGGAGCGCAUGCGCAAUCACGACCGGGUUCGGAUCGCACCGGGGCACGUGCCGUUCUGCGACCAGUGCAAAGGACACGCGGGCAGUCCGACUAACGGGUCCCGGCACAGGGCCGUGGUGCGCUGUCAGGGCUGCAAGAUCAAUUUAUGCCUGGACUGUCAGAAGCGGACACACAGCGGCGUGAACAAGAGGAAACACCCAAUCUUUGUUUAUCCUCCGUGCAAAGCUCCGGAAAAGAACCCCAACGCAGAUGGAGAGUUAGAUGAUGGAAAAGCUCAGCUGGAAAAAGUUCUCAGCUUCCUCCUGGUGGAUGAGAAAGAAGAGAUGCAGGUGAAGGACGCAGACGAGUUCGUCAGCAGGCUGGGUUGCGCCCCGGACGAGCUCCUAAAAGUGGUGUCUAUCUUCGGGAACACGGGCGAGGGCAAAUCCCACACCCUCAACCAUACGUUCUUCAGAGGACGGGAGGUGUUCAAGACGUCUCCCACGCAGGAGUCCUGCACGGUGGGCGUGUGGGCGGCGAUGGACCCGCUACAUAAAAUAGUGGUCGUGGACACCGAGGGGCUCCUGGGAGCUGGAGCUAACCAGGGCCAGCGCAUUCGUCUCCUGCUGAAGGUCCUGGCCGUGUCCGACCUGGUGAUUUACCGCACGCACACCGACCGGCUGCACGACGACCUCUUCAAGUUCCUGGGCGACGCCUCGGACGCGUAUUUAAAGCAUUUCACCAAGGAGCUGAAAGCCACCACGGCCCGGUGUGGUCUGGACGUGCCACUUUCCACUCUGGGCCCGGCUGUGAUCAUCUUUCAUGAGACGGUCCACACCAAAUUACUGGGCUCAGAUAAGCCCUCAGAAUCGGCAGAACGGCUUCUCCAGGAGCGUUUCCGAAAGCUUGGCCUCUUCCCCGAGGCGUUCAGCUCUAUCCAGUACAGAGGCACUCGAACCUACAACCCUCCGACCGAUUUCAGCGGCCUGCUGCAUAGCGUGGAGCUGCAGCUGGACAACACCACCACGCGCUCGCCACGAACAGCCAACGUAAUCUACAAAGCGCUAAACGCCCUGAGUGAGCGGUUCAGUGGCGAGAUCCCUGAUGAACACCUGUCCAGUAACUCCUUCUUCCCUGAUGAGUAUUUUACCUGCUCCAGCAUCUGUCUGAGCUGUGGCUCGGGCUGCAAGAACAGCAUGAACCACCUACGGGAGGGUGUGAACCAUGAGGCCAAGCACCGCUGCCGCUACUCCGCCCACUACGACAACCGCAUCUACACCUGCAAGGCGUGCUACGAGAGCGGCAAGGAGGUGAUCGUGGUUCCUAAGACCACAGCGUCCUCGGACUCGCCCUGGUUUGGUCUGGCAAUUUAUGCCUGGUCUGGGUAUGUGAUCGAGUGUCCGAACUGUUCAGUGAUCUACAGGAGCAGGCAGUACUGGUACGGGAACCAGGACCCUGUCGACACCGUGGUCCGAACAGAGAUACACCAUGUUUGGCCUGGGUCAAAUGGAUUCUCAAAGGACAACAACAACGCUGCACAGAGGCUGCUGGACGGAGUGAACUACAUGGCUCAGUCAGUGUCCGAACUCAGCGUCAAGCCCGCCAAAGCCGUCACUUCAUGGCUCACCGACCAGAUCGCCCCCGCUUACUGGAAACCCAACUCGCUCAUCCUUAACUGUUCCAAGUGUGGCGAGGCCUUCGACGACAGCGAUACGAAGCACCACUGUCGGGCGUGCGGAGAAGGCUUCUGUGACGGCUGCUCGUCGAAAAGCAGACCCGUACCGGAGAGAGGAUGGGGACUGACGCCGGUCAGGGUGUGUGACGCCUGCUUCCAAAACCGAGGGAUCCCAGAGGAGCUGCUGGACGCUGCUUUGGAGGAAGAGGAGAGCGGGACGCUGAUCGCCAGGAAAGUCGGAGAGGCCGUACAGAACACUUUAGGAGCCGUGGUCACUGCCAUAGACAUCCCUCUGGGCUUGGUUAAAGACGCAGCGCGGCCAGCGUACUGGGUUCCUGAUCAGGACAUCCGUUGCUGCCAUCAGUGCCAGCGCGAGUUUAACGCCCGUCUCUCCAUCCAUCACUGCCGCGCCUGUGGACAGGGCGUGUGUGACGGCUGUUCCCCCGACCGCCGCGCCGUACCGUCUCGUGGCUGGGACCAUCCCGUACGAGUGUGCGUCACGUGCAACGAGAAACCCGGAGACCUUUAGCAGGACCGGUUCAAGCCACGUCUGGAGAGAAGCUGUGGGCGGAGCUGCGAUUUUAUUUUUUCCACGUCGACGCCCAUCACCGUCUCUCUCUCUCUCUCUCUGAUGAAGCAAAGACUCGAGUGUCAUGUUUAAUUUGCAGCUUAAAUUUUUCCACAGGAGGAUAAAAAAGUUUUGACAAUCCAUUGCUUCUCAUGCAAUUAUAAUCUAAAAAUGCAGCCAUCGGUCAUCAAAUCCAGUUACAGCGUGCAUGAAUCCAGGGAAUCUCUGUACUGUAACAACGGACAGGAUGCUUGCAAAGCAGGCUCGUUUACGUUGCUCGUUCUGCUUUUUAACGUCUUCCCCUCCCAGGAAAUUCCGUAUUUGUAGAAUAUACUACUCAUGUAGUGUGUUGUAUCAUAGAGGAAUUUUAUUUGAACUAAAAAUGAUUUCCGACUUCCCGAGGAGCUCAUUUUGUAAUAUUUAUAACAGACGUUUUCCUCGAACACACGACCACUACGUUCUCCACCCAGAGGAGUUCACGCAGUGCAGCGAAUACACAUCACUUUCAACAGCAACUUGUGGAACACGUGCCGAAAUGAAAAGCGAAACCUUUGUCGCGCUUUACAUUUUAAUUUGGCACCAGAAAUAAUCCAAACGCUAAUUCAGUGAAACUGUAAAGUUCUAGCAACGUAGAAGCAAAUUAAUACAAAAGGUUUACUUUUGGCACGUUUUCCGCAUGUCGCGUCUCUUUUCUCUUACGUUAGCGUAAACAACCCGUUUUCUAAUCCUCAGGACAUCAACCUGCGUACGGAUUCCUAAAGCCGGUUUUACUCUGUGCGAUUUCAGCAGCUUUUUAACUUCAUUCCUCAUCGCGCUUCACAAACUUCCAGGAAGAUCUUAUCCGUGUUGAAGAUGAUUCGCUGUCGGUAGAGCUAUGGUUAAUCAUAGGUCUACCCUCAGCGCAGCUUUCUGAUGAAGAGUCGCUGAUGGUAGAGCUACAGUUAAGAAAAAUCACCAUGUUAUUCGCCAGAGAUCAGCUUGUGUAGAAACUGGUCUCACAUAAACCUGAGUGAGAUGAUUUUUGUGCAUGAAUGUUUACAUUUUCCUAUUCGUCACGCUCUCGUGACUGACGAUUUUGCCAUCCUACUAGAACUUUGCCACAUUACACAUUCAUACAUGUCAACCUAUAUGGAAUGUCUGUAUUUUAUACGGGCGUAUAAAUAAAGUUAUACGGAUUCUUUAAAAAAAAAAAAAUUAAAUAUUUAUUUAGAGCUAUAAUCAAUUCCCACGAUGAUAAAAGGACGCAUAAUAUUUACAAACGUACUGUACACCACAGACAGCCAGUAAAGAGUCUUGUGGUAGCGAGACUUCGUUCCACUUUUGAUCAUGCGCACACCGCAUUGCGAGAAUCCCGCCAACCGGGAAGUCAUAGACGCCGGCUUCUGCGUAGAAUCAUACGUCAUCCUCGCCCAAGAAUAAAGAUGCCUCAUUCAUGUGCUGCGUUUAACUGUACCAACAGGUUUACCGUCCAAACGAGAUCACAUGGGAUUACCUUUCACAGGUGAGACUGGAAAAAUACUUUUCAUUGUAUUUGGUCAUUAUAACAUUUUACGAACAGAUUUUUCUGACUUUGUGGCUAAUAUGAAGUCUCGCGCGUAAUAGCCGCUCGGUGAAACCUGUCUCCAAACAACGAAGUAUUUCCUUCGUAACUACGCUGAUAACACUUUGUGUUUUUGUCAAACAUUGGAGCUUUGUAUUCAUUCUGAAGGUUUAUUGUUAUUAAUAUUGAAUAAAAAGUAACUGGGAUAUAUCAUUGUUAAUUAUCAUUCAAAUUUUAGGUAAAUUAUUUUAAUUUGCAUCUUAUACGGAUUUUAUAAGGGAAAUACAGAUUUUGGAGGUCGGUUAUACAGGUUUGACCAAAGGUUGACAUGUAUGCACAUUGCAAAAUCAGUCGAGCUGAAAAUCGUACAGUGUGGAUCCAGUUUUAGCUAUGUUGAAGACGUGGCAUGAACUCCUCUACUUGAUUGUCGUCAUGUUUGCAUUUCACACAGUAGCUGUUCCAGUUUAGCCCCUGGCACGGGUUAAUAUGAUUGAUUUGAGAAAAAAAAAAAAAAAACACACACACCACUUUUCCGUCACAGAGUUUGUUUUAUUUAAAGGUAUAAUAUGAUGGAAUGUGACAGACUUGAUUUAAUAAACACCAUGUUUUGUUCACCUUGUAUGCUGACUAAAUUAAACAUGAGUACUUUAA